GGAAUUAUGCUGGUAGGGGCACUGUUGGAAUGGUGGCACGUUUUGUUCCUCCUCAUCUCAAUAACAAAUCCUGCAGAGUAACAUCUCUAUGUUACAGUGAAGAUGGUCAAGAGAUCCUUGUUAGCUACUCUUCAGAUUACAUAUACUUGUUUGAUCCCAAGGAUGACACAGCACGAGAACUUAAAGUUCCUUCUGCUGAGGAGAGGCGUGAAGAGUUACGGCAGCCUCCUGUUAAACGCUUGCGGCUAAGAGGGGAUUGGUCAGAUACCGGACCCAGAGCAAGGCCUGAGAGUGAACGAGAAAGAGAUGGGGAGCAGAGUCCUAAUGUCUCUCUAAUGCAGAGGAUGUCAGACAUGCUGUCAAGAUGGUUUGAAGAAGCUAGCGAAGUUGCACAGAGCAAUCGAGGCCGAGGAAGAUCACGGUCCAGAGGUGGGACUAAUCGGACAGAUGCUCCUGCUACUAAUAACGUGCCACCUAGUGCAGAAUCAGAAACUGCAAUGGAGGUAGAUGGUUCUGAACAACUUCCAUCAUCUUCCUCUUCUACAAUGUCAGCCCAAGCUCCUUCAACAUCAUCUUCAACAGAAAGCCCCCCUUCAACUUCAUUAUUGUCCUCUCCUGAUAAUGAACAAAGGCCUUCUUUAGGGGCCUCAGGUCAACCUGUGCUCCAUCAGUCUGAGUUAAUGGGACCCGAGUUAGCUAUAAUCCGUAGGGGUCUGCAGCGACUGAGGCUUAAGAAGGCAGAACAACAGAGACAGCGAGAGCUAGCUGAGGGUUCAGCGCCACAGUCGUCCUCCUCUAAGGGCUCCUCACAGGACCCUCAGGCAUCAGAUUCUCCUUCUUCUGUGGUUAACAAACAGCUUGGAUCCAUGUCACUUGAUGAGCAACAGGAUGACUCCAAUAAGAGUGAUAAGCCACGCACAGGAACAGGUGAACCAGUUUUAAGUUUGCACUACAGUACAGAAGGAACAACUACAAGCACAAUAAAACUGGACUUCACUGAUGAGUGGAGCAGCACAAAUUCAAGCUCUAGAGGGAGUGGAAGUCAUUGCAAAACUGAAGGCCAAGAUGACUCUGUAAAAGCCUCGGAAGAGUCAGGACCUGAAGAUGAAGAAACAAGAGUUUCUGAUGAAUCUCACAAGGAAGAUGCAAGUGCUGAAGAGCUGAAAACUGCAGAUGAAACUGUGGAGACGACAGGAGCAAGUGUGUCAGAUAAACCUGGUCCUGAGCGUUCCAGAAUCCAACCAGAAGAAGACAGCCCCAGUGUUGAUGCUGUCUCUGGAAACGUAGAGGAAGAAGCCUCCCGUGACAAAAGUGCGAAUCAAGAAAUUUCAAGUCAAAGUACUGAAUCCACUGCCAACUCGCUUGCUGCAAACGAUGAACCUCAGCCGCACCCAGAAUCCUCAGGGCUUGGAACUCCAGACGAGUCCUCUACCAGGACCUCGGCUCUCCAAGAAACUGAUGAUAGUGAUGAUGAUCCUGUUCUGAUCCCAGGGGCAAGGUAUCGAGGAGGACCAGGACACAGACGGUCUGCUGUAGCCCGCAUUCAGGAGCUCUUCAGAAGGAGGAAAGAAAGAAAAGAAAUGGAAGAACUGGAAACGUUGAAUAUUCGACGUCCUUUAAUAAAGAUGGUGUAUAAAGGUCAUCGGAACUCCCGAACAAUGAUAAAAGAAGCCAAUUUUUGGGGAUCUAACUUUGUCAUGAGUGGUUCAGACUGUGGCCAUAUUUUUAUAUGGGAUCGACAUACUGCUGAACAUCUCAUGCUGCUGGAAGCUGAUAAUCAUGUGGUGAACUGUCUUCAGCCUCAUCCCUUUGACCCAA